AUGUAUCUGCGUGGGAAGCGUAAGGAGAAGUAUAUCAAUGGAGAAGCAACACAACCUUCGCAUAAUGAUCCCAAAUUUGAUACCUGGUUCGCUGAAAAUAAUCAGGUGAUGUCUUGGUUGUGCAAUUCAAUGACUCUCGAAAUCAGUGAAGGAUACCUUCUUGCAAGUACAGCCAAGGAAAUCUGGGAUGCUGCUAAGCGGACCUACUCUACCCUCGAUAACACUGCAGCCUUAUUAGAUCUAAAGAGGCAGCUCAAAGAUCUGAAACAAGGCAACUUAACUGUGACUCAAUACUACAGUACGUUGACAAAGAUAUGGCAGCAAUUGGACCUCUUUGAAGUACAUCCUUGGAAGGAUAUGGAUGAUGCUAAUUACUACAGACAAUUGGUGGAAAGAGGACGAACAUAUGACUUUCUGUUGGGCCUGAAUGAUGUUUUUGAAGAAGUGAGAGGGAGAAUUAUGGGACUGAAGCCGCUGCCAUCCCUAUUUGAAGUUUCAGUAUGGUUAAGUUCGAAGAAAGCCGAAGACACCUCACUCAAAGCAGCCUGA